UAAAUUGAAUCAAUUUUGGGGCGCGUACCACUACCACCACUACCACGGAAACACACACACACACGUAAAUCGCAUACACAAACACACAAACGGGUAAUAGAGGUAUAACGGUGUAAUGUAAUGGUGUGUUGGCGGGCCCCCCUUUAUUACAAGCCCUCAGCCGUAGUAGGCCACGCGUCCACGGCUCCGGUGUGUGUUGGUGUGCUGCCCGAGCGUAGUCGGCCGUGCCGUGCGAUGUAGACUGGUGGAGGCCGUGGUAGCUUGUGCGCUUGUGGUUUUGCGGUUUUGUGGCCUCGAGUGAAAAAAGCCCCAAGUGUAGUGUGCAAAAACGGAGGUUGCGGAGGGGAGCCCGGUUCAUCGCUUGUAAGAAAAGCAGCGUGGCAGGUUGCGUUUUCCCGACCUGUUGGUGUGCGAACUGUUUGGAGCUGCAGUUUUGACAGUUGUCGCUGGUAGUAGAAGGUGUGUAGCUUGCGUCUAGAGUAAUUCCGUCCAUUACCCAACUUUGUAGCGCGUGUGUUCUGCCCUUCUGCCCCUGCACUCUUUGCCCCAUUCAAGCUUACGAAACUGAAGCGAACGCUCGCGGUAGAAAAUUCUGCAACCAACAAGACAUUGAGCGUGCUGUGUCUGUGUGUGUGUACGUAUAAGAAAGAGCGGAAAAUUCGCAAAAAUACAUAACCCUCAACACCUUCCAGGGGUUCAAACGUCAUCCCUCAAGAUAGAAAGAGCGAGAGAGAGCGCACACCUCUACUAGAGAGCGAACCUCUGGAGUAUCUCCACGAGUGUGUGUUUGUGUGUGUGUGUGUGUGUGGUUCGUUUCUCUCAGCGGGCGAAAAACGAGCGCGAAAUGUGACUGCUCCAUCAGAAAGCAACAAGUUUUUGCCGAGUUCGGAGGGUUUAUGUUUUGAUUUUGGCUGCCCAGUUCCUCCUCCCCUCCAGAGUGACAGCUGACGACGCGGGUGUGCCAUCGUCUCGGUUUCGCUCCCGGUUUUUUUGUUGCCUUUUUUAUGUGUGCGUUAUAGGAUAGUGUUUGCACAGGCGGUGUUGGUGCUGCUGGAGGGAGUCGGUGUUGGUGGAAGUGUGCAUGCGUGCAACCGGAACCGGGAAGGAAGGGCCGCCCAAGUAGCGUGUGAGAGAGAGAGUGUGAAGUAACCCGUAAGAUAGCACAGCAAAAGAAGCCAAGAAUUCCAAGAAUUGGUGGAACGGAAACCGCAAUCGACGAAACCCCAGUGCAGCAAAACAAAAUGUCCGGACCCGGGUCGUUAGUUGGAUCGGAUGAGGAGGAGCAAACGAAUUACCACACACCGGAUGAAACCGGCCUAACGAAAUCGCAAAAGGUGGCCCUGAUCGCGGCCUGGAGCAUCGUCAAGAAGGAUCUGGUUACGCACGGACGCAACAUCUUCGUGAUGUUCUUCGAGGAGUACCCACAGUAUCUGGACUACUUUGACUUUGGCGGCGGAAGUGCCGGCGAGCUCGGCGAGAACCGGUCCCUCCAUGCGCACGCACUGAACGUGAUGAACUUUAUCGGCACCCUCAUCGACUACGGACUGAACGAUCCCGCCCUGCUCAAGUGUAGCCUAGGGAAGCUGGUGCGGAACCAUCGGAAGCGUAACGUCACCAAGGAGGAUGUCGCGGCCGUCGGUGGAGUUAUCAUGCGCUACUGCUUGAAGGCGCUCGAGCAGCAUAAAACGAAAACGCUCGAGGAAGCGUUCGGCGCGUUCCUGGGGACGGUUGCGGCCGCGUUCGAGUGAGCUCCGAGGUGUUCAGCGUCCUCAUCUUUAUCUCCAUUCCCCACCUCAUCAUCUCCAUCCACAUCAGCAUCAUCAGUCAGUGUAUGUUAGAGGCUGCCGCGAACAGAGCAAACAGUAGGAUCCGAGCGAGACCGGAAACCCCAUUCCGGGGCAGAGAUUAUCUUGGCUAGCGGUCGGGGUCACGUCCUUUUUAAGCUCUGCUAUAACAACCAGAACAAAAAACACACACUCUCUCUCUGUCUCGCUCUCUAUUUCUAGCAGAAAACACAUUCCUACGUGACGAGUCGUGUGUGUGUGUGAGGCUUUUUAUGAUCAGAGUAGAAUAAAAAUUUGAGUAUAGUAAACUGA